AUGACUACAUCGAACAUCCAGUUCGAUGUUAAAACACAAAUACUACGUAAAACUAAAAUAACGCGGACUAUUUAUGGUUAUAAAGCCGCAAACUGGGAGCUGUUGAACAAUAUUUGUAGUGGGGUCCCAUUCGAUACUCUCUUAAAAAAUUAUAAUAAUAUUGGUGAAAAACCAGGUGCAGUUGAAGAGGUUCUUCUUGAACAGGUCAAUCGGUUCUCUGAUGACAUUCGUGUCUUACAUAAAGAUAAAGUAGGAAUGUAUCGUAAAAUGAUUAGUAAAUCCACAUUAGUUAGUAAAAAUAACUAUGAACAAUCUGCUGUCAAAUUUUAUAAAGCAUGUGUUCAGGCGAAAGUAGAUUUCUAUAAUAAAAUAAAUCAUAAAGUGUCAGUUUCGUCCAAAAAUUGGUGGUCACUUGUUAAACAUACAAUGGGUCGUGAUCGUACGACAGUAAUUUCAGCAUUAAAAGAUAAAAACGGAGAUGUCAAGGUAGAUAUUCAGAGUAAAGUUGAAAUUCUAAAUGCACAUUUUGCAUAUAUUUGCACAUGCAGUGGUUCCUCCAAUUUCUUCUUUGCUGCUGAUAAGUUACCACUCGCUUCAUCCCGUUCAAGUGUAUUUACGGCUAUGUAUAGAGAUGUCAAAAAAGCUUUGCAAAGAUUGAAUUGUAAUAAAUGA